AAAUAAUCAUUUCUGAACUACUAAAUAUUUACUUACAAUAAAAGAAUAGGAAAAAUUUUGACAUUUAAGCGUACAAUUGACAGGGUGGGGCACCUAACAGCAGUGCUUUUGUUGUUCUUGGCCAAAUGACAUUUCCUGUUGUUGCCCCGGUAUGUCAAACACAAUUUACGUUUCCAAAUAUUAGAAGAAAGCAUUUUAAAGCGAUAAUUACGCAAUAAAUUUAACCAGGCGACAAUUGUAACUACUCACAAAUGGCAACAUCUACAAAAGCAAAAAGCGUCUAUAGAUUAUUCGUCGGUAACCUUCCAUGGACUGUAGGUCAUCCUGAGUUGAAACAGUAUUUCAAACAUUUUGGUCGUGUGGUAAAUGCCAAUGUAAUAUUUGAUAAAAAGACCGGCCUUUCCAGAGGAUAUGGAUUUGUGACAGUACAUUCCCUGAAAUCUAUGCAAGCAAUUGAAAACGAACAAAAGCACGCGCUAGAAGGCAAUUACUUGAAUAUACAAAAAACAUAGAUAAAAAAGAGACCACCAAUAAUUAGUUUUUUAAGACCAACAAAAAUAAUAUACAAAAAAAAAACAGCAAAGCAUACCGAGAAAGCAUAGAGCACCAUGGAAUCGCAACAGUCUGGUGACAGUGACUGGGAAUUCGAUGAACUGGAAGAUGAAAA